AUGCAAUCCUUUUCAUUAGAACUUUAUCCGAGUGGACAAAUCCACAUUGCAUUAUACAUUAAUGUGAAGAAUUCUGCAGAAUUAAAAAAAAGACUAUUAUCGCACGACCACGAAUUAAAAUACGCCUUUAUUGAUGCGAAAAUAGUGGUAGACAAAUUUCAAUUAUUAGUUGCAGUUAAUAACGCUGUACAUUAUGAAAAGUAUUCGAUAUUGAAAACCCAUAAUGUACAUUCUGAAAUUGUUUAUAAUCUUUCCCCGACUACUAAUAUCAGUGAAUCAUUGAGGAGGUUUGGGAUUUCAGAUUCUACAAAUGAGAUCGUUGUUGUCAAAGUAGGUGGUAAUAGUGACGAGGUAAGAUCUCAUUUAAAUACAUUAAUCGAUGGGGAAGAAUCUUCUUUGGAUGAAUUAUCAAGAUUUGCAGAUCUUAGUAGCAUAAGAAAGUAUUACAAAAUCGGUAGCAAUAUUAAAGAUCAUGAGGAAAUACUUAAUAUGAUUGUCGAAUCUAUAGCAAUUAAAAAUGUGAAUUAG